AUGGAGACUGCCCCUCGUACGGAAACCGACGCCUUUGGCGAGAUCCAGCAAUGGAGCAGCUGGCCUAAUACGCUCUAUCUCAGGUUCCUGGAGAUAAGUACUGGGGAGCCCAGACUCAAAGGUGCGCAGACAGAGGCUCCUCCUGGAGCUGGUGCAAGAAACUGGACGGAGAAUGCUGAUACAGGCUCCAGAUCCCUUGGGAACUUUGAUAUCGGGCAGCCCCAGGACCGCAUGCCUACUCCGAUCGUGCGUGCCCUUGGUAUCCUCAAGGGUGCCGCUGCAACCGUCAACAUGAAGUUCGGACUCGGUAUUUCUCUCUCUCUCUCUCUCUCUAUGCAUACAUACCCUACCAUUGGCAAGGCGAUCCAGCAGGCCGCCGCUGAGGUUGCCGACCUCAAGCUGGUUGACCAUUUCCCUCUCGUUGUCUGGCAGACCGGCUCUGGCACCCAGUCCAACAUGAACGCCAACGAGGUCAUCUCCAACCGUGCAAUUGAGAUCCUGGGCGGGACCAUGGGCAGCAAGAAGCCUGUCCACCCCAACGACCAUGUCAACAUGUCCGCCUCGUCCAACGAUACCUUCCCUACCGUUAUGCACAUUGCCGCCGUUCUGGAGAUCGAGGAUUCUCUUCUUCCGGCCCUGACCAGCCUGAAGGACGCCCUGCAGAAGAAGGUAGACCAGUUCAACAACAUCAUCAAGAUCGGCCGAACCCAUUUGCAGGACGCCACUCCUCUCACACUCGGCCAGGAGUUCUCCGGCUACGUAUCCCAGCUCGAGCGCAAUAUCACUCGCGUUGAGAAUUCCCUGCCAGACCUCCGAUUGCUGGCUCAGGGAGGUACCGCUGUCGGAACCGGCAUCAACACCUUCAAGGGCUUCGACGAGGCCAUUGCUGAGGAAGUCAGCAAGAUGACCGGCAAGCAAUUCAAGACCUCACCAAACAAGUUUGAAGUGCUUGCCGCUCACGAUGCUGUCGUCGAGGCUUCCGGAGCUCUCAACACCCUCGCUGCCUCGCUCUUCAAGAUUGCACAGGACAUCCGUUUCCUCGGUUCCGGCCCUCGCUGCGGUCUUGGUGAGCUCCAGCUCCCCGAGAACGAGCCCGGUUCCUCUAUCAUGCCUGGAAAGGUCAACCCUACCCAGUGCGAAUCUCUCACCAUGAUCUGCGCCCAGGUUAUGGGUAACCAUGUUGCCACUACCGUUUCUGGAAUGAACGGUAACUUUGAGCUCAACGUCUUCAAGCCAGUCAUGAUCCGCAACCUGCUUCACAGCGUCCGCAUCUUGAGCGACGGAAUGAAGUCGUUUGAGAAGAACCUUGUCGUUGGCCUCGAGGCUGACCGUAAGAGAAUCGAAUCCAUUCUUCACGAGAGUCUUAUGCUUGUCACUUGCCUCAACCCCGUUAUUGGAUACGACAUGGCCUCCAAGGUCGCAAAGAAUGCUCACAAGAAGGGUCUCACCCUCAAGCAGAGUGCCAUGGAGCUCAAGGCUCUUAGCGAGGAGGAUUUCGACAAGCACGUUCGUCCAGAGUUGAUGAUCAGCCCCAAGGAGCGCAAGUAG